CUCCGAAUUCGCAUAACUUAUGGACCUUCUCUUUCCAAAAAGCACUCGAAAUCAUUGAAACGUUUUAUCACACAUACAUCAAGUGCGUGAAGACAGCAUUUUGAGAUAAAAAAAAAACAAAAAAAGAAAGAAAAAAAAAAGAAAACAAAUAAAGCUCCUUGAGAAAGUGUUUGAAACGAAGAAUCAAGCUUGUUAAGAGGCCAAUAAGCGUCUAAUGAGGGUGGAGCUUGUGUAAGAAAAUCUCCACCUACUCUUAAAAUCGCUCUAUUUCUCGUAUCUUCGCCGAGUGGGAAAUCAAGAAGAGAACUUUAAGUACAUCUUAACUCGCUAAAGUCAGUUGGCAUCUUGCCGUCCUAGAAACGUUACGCGAAAUCAUUUUCAGAGAUAACUUUUAAUUCUCUCUCUCUCUCUCUCACUCUCUUUUACUCUUUCUCUCUCUCACUCCUUUCGAUGCACAUUCUCCCUCCCCUUUUCUCUUUCGUCCUCCACACCAUUCUCGCCUAAUUAAACAGCAAUUUGAGGAAGAAAACAGUGGAAUUACGGAUACUUUCUAAUAUAUAUAUAUCAAAAUGUGUUGGGAGAAUUAAAAAAAAAAAAUUUUCCCGCGACUGUGGCACGCGUGCGUCGACUUUUUUUAAUAAUUCGAAAGGCGCGCUUAUAAUCUAGAGCUGAUGAAAAGCCGCUUAAAAACUUGAAACUGAUUUACGCCCACAAGAUUUAUCUGCGGUACUCGAGAUAUCAUGCAACUGUGAUCAAAAAUUUUAAUAACGUGUAUAUUUAAAUAUCGUUGAGGAUUUAUUUGAAAAUUUACCAUCGCUAUGUUAAAGUGAAAUAUAUUUUUUUUUUGGUUCAUUUUGGUAUAGCAAAAUAAGUGGAUUAAGUUUUGCGAGGAGAGAAAUUUUCUUCUUCUUCUGCUUCUUCUUCUUUUUCUUUUCUUUUUCGCACAUAUGAAGAAGUGUGGGGGAAAAGGAAGAAAUACGAGUACAGAAUGUUAAACUCGGAUUCAAAUAGUUCCGUGAUUGUGUCGCAAGUUCAUAAUUCACAUGCUCCUCAGGAUUUCACUGUGUCACGAUUACUGUCAACACCAAAUCAAACCGUAGAUUGCGGCGAUAGUCCGACUGCGCCCGGAAGUAGAAGACCGAGAAGAAGUCGAACAACAUUUUCUGCCCAACAAUUGGCCGCUUUAGAGAGGGUUUUUGAAAGAACGCACUAUCCUGACGCCUUCGUUCGAGAGGAAUUAGCAACGAGAGUUUCACUCUCAGAGGCUAGAGUUCAGGUAUGGUUUCAGAAUCGUCGGGCGAAAUUUCGCAGGAACGAGAGAAGUUCGGCAAUGAAUCGAAAUGUAACGUCGAGUCGAGGCGAAAUGGAGGCGGCACUACCUCUGCGGCCAAUAAGAGUGAAUAAUCACGAGAGUAAUUCGGAGCAAGUUCAAUCGCCACAAAUUGGACAAUAUCCAUAUAGUGAUUAUUGGCGAUCGCAGCAGCAUUACGCGACAGUACAAUCGACAACGAGUUGUCAUGGAUUUGUCAAUGGAAAUUUGGGAAAUAUUGGACUCACCACAUAUCAUCAACCGGAAGUUCAUACAAGUUUGGAAAGCACAUCGAUGAAUAGCUUAAGUGCACUUAGACUUCGUAAUCAUCCUUAUGGCGCCUAUUCGGCGAUGCACGCCAGUAUGUGAUAAUCGUCACAAAUUUUAAUUUACCAUUUUUAUUUAAUUUAUAUAUAUAGAAUUAUUUCAAAUUAUAUUCUUCCCUAUUGCCAUGAAAAAUUUGGAAAAUCCAAAUCGAAACCAAAGGACUUGGCUGUUACUCAAAUAUAAUGUUUAUCGCUUGUUUUUCAGGGUUGCCACAAAAAUUUUAUUUUCUUUUUCCCUGACUUUUUCCUGAUUGAUUUUAACUUUUUUCCUG